AUGCCUCAGAGCAAAAUAGACCAGAGUUUUAAAGGUGGGUGUACACCAAUUAGCUUGGUAUAUCAACUGUGGCAGAAAGUCUUGCAGCUGUAUGGAGAACCUAUCUAUGGGCCUGUAACUGUGCACUUUGUGCACAACUCAUGUGUGAUUGUCUAUAGGGAAUAUACCUGUGUGCAAAGCCCACAAUGGUUGGAGGACCUCUAUUUCUCCCCUGUGGCACAGGUGAGGGUUCUACAGAAAAUCAUGGCUCUCUUAUCUACUAACAGCAUAACUGCCACAAACAACUCAGACACUCGCAUCGCAGGCUGCCUCCUCAUUGGCAUCCCUGGGCUGGAGUAUCUACACAUCUGGCUCUCCAUCCCCUUCUGUGCCAUGUAUGUAGCUGCCCUGGUAAGCAACAGCAUUUUAAUUUGUGUUAUUCUCUCCCAGCCAAGCCUGCAUGAGCCCAUGUACAUAUUUUUGUCCAUGUUGGCCAGUGCUGAUGUCUUGCUCUCCACUGCCACGAUGCCCAAAGCUCUGGUCAACUUCUGGUUAGGUUCUAGCCACAUUUCCUUUGAUGGCUGCCUCACCCAGAUGUUCUUCAUCCACUUCCUCUUUGUGGCCGACUCUGCAGUCCUGUUGGCCAUGGCCUUUGACCGCUAUGUUGCCAUCUGCUCCCCUCUGCGGUAUGCCACCAUCCUCACAAGCACGGUCAUUGGGAAGAUCACUGCUGCCACCCUGACCCGCAGCUUCAUCAUCAUGUUUCCAUCCAUCUUUCUCCUCAAGCGCCUGCACUAUUGCCGGAUCAACAUCAUUGCACACACAUUUUGUGAGCACAUGGGCAUUGCCCGUCUGUCCUGUUCUGAUAUCUCCAUCAAUGUCUGGUAUGGGCUGGCAGCUGCUCUGCUCUCCACUGGCCUGGACAUCAUCCUUAUCGCCGUUUCCUACAUCCGCAUCCUUCGAGCUGUCUUUCAACUCCCUUCUCAAGAUGCCCGGUCCAAGGCCCUGAGCACUUGCGGCUCCCAUGUGUGUGUCAUUCUACUCUUCUACAUUCCUGCCCUCUUUUCUGUCUUUGCCUAUAGGUUUGGUGGGAGACUCAUCCCCAGCUAUGUCCACAUCCUUCUGGCCAAUCUCUAUGUGGUCAUCCCACCAAUGCUCAAUCCUAUUAUUUAUGGAGUGAGGACCAGGCCAAUUUUGGAAGGGGCUAAACAGAUGUUUUCAAAUCUUGUCAAGGGAUGUAACUAA